CAGAAGACAUCGAUUGAAUUUAAAAGCGUACGUUCGCUGGUGCACGAGGUGCACAGGAUGGAGGAAGAAUGUCCCCAGGAGAAUAAAAGAGACGAAAUGAUGCAGGCCGCGGCAUCGAACACCUCGUCGAGCAACAUUUGUGACGGCCGAGCACGUGCUUCCUGUCAAGAAGAGUUUACGUGUUCCCUGUACAUCUCGCGUGCCAUCGGACCGCAAGGCCAAGUGCAAGGAAUACAAGGUGGCGAGCUGCUACGUUCCAACCUAGAGGAGGUGAUCCGCGCGUCCGAUCCUUUGGCAGCCUGGCACGUGUCUGAAACACCUUGCGGCCUGAUCGCGGCUUUCACGCGCGAAGCUGACGCAGAGAAAUUGCUACAGCGUGGCGACUUGGCGCGUGUUUUCGAAGGACCCGUACAAGUGGCACGAUUCUCAGCAAAGGAUUCUCGUUAUAGACAGGCAGUUCUUCUUCGUGACGUGCCCUGGGCAAUUCCCUUGCAGGAUAUUAACUCCGCACUGGCGAAACAGGGAAUUGCGACAGGAAGUGUUGAACGUUGGCGACAAUACAUACGAGUCGAGGUGCUAGACGCCGGGCAUUACGAGCUGUUGCUGCGUCAAGGACUGGACUUCUUUGGCGCGGCUCGGUUUAGCGCCAUCCCGGAACGUUGGUGGCGCGGAGGAAACGGAAAUGCCGGUGGACCGCUGCAGGCAGGGCCGGGUAUAGUCAACAACUUUCUUGAGACGUCCAACUUUCAAACGGGGGACGGUGUGCUUCAGUGUUAUCGGUGCCAGGGUUUCUGGCACAUGGCUGCCAACUGCAGACAUCUGCCACGUUGCGUUCGAUGCGGAGAGCCUCACAGCGUUGAGUUUUGCCCCAGGCCGCGGAACAAUCCUAUCUGCUGCCAUUGUUCGGGCCCCCAUCAUGCCGGCUACCGACAAUGUCCGGUUCGACAGCAACUUUCGAACGCUACGCCUAUUAGUAUCACGCUGAGCACUACCCGGAUUGGAAACCAGUGCCCGGUGAACACGGCUUCCAAGACAAACGCUUCCGCACACGAGCAGCAGCCGUUGAAGUCGAGCCAAUCCUAACGACAGAUCGACGUCGUCAGCUACAAUUGCCCUUCGAAUCUCAUAAAUUACUCGCGUGCUAUCGGUAUUCUUCAGGUGUGCUACGAUAGAGUGUUCAACCUUGUGUUCAAUUUUUUGUUCACUCGAGACAAAGAAACCAACGUACCACCGACAAGAUAAACAUUCUCUUUUAAAUCCUCUUUACACACUAUUUUUAUAACUUUUUCACCGUCGUACAAUUAUUAUUAUAUUACAAUUACUCGUGGAUGAUAAAUUGUGAAUAACAAAUCCAUUAAGAAGAAAUAAAUAAGUUUGCAAUUGAAGAGAAAUAUACGAUGGAUUUUUUUCGUUGAUCUUCUUUGUUUGUGUAGAAACUGUACAGAGGUUGUCAUACAGAUGCGCGGAGGCAUUCCACCGUUGAAAUUAGCCAUGUUUAGUAGCCAGACAAUUCUUCCACUCUUUGUCCCACUUUCUUCGUCCUAGUCUUUCCGAAUCUGGGUCCCCCCAAGCAGUCAUAUAUUGUUGUUCGUCGGUCAACGAGUACCCAACGGCGUAGUCGGCCGUACUGAUAAAGGAACGAGAAUGGAGGGGCCUCAGAAGCGGCUGUGAUCAGAAAACGAGAUACUCCGUGGUAGAGCAACCGUGAUCAAACAAAUUAAAACUGAAGCAGAAACAUUCAAGAAAGC